CCGUGCUGCGCUGUUUACGCCCGCGUCCCCUUCCGUUUCCGUUCCAUUCGCCUAUCGUACCCCCUCUCCGUCUCUCGUCAUCGUCGGCCCGUCGCAGCCACCUCCAUCGGCCUCCGAUCCCUCCACGAGCCUCCGGUCGAAUCCGAGGAGCAGGAUCCGCGGCGGCGGGCGGCGGUCGCCCGGCGAUGGCGCACCGUAUGGACAACGAGUACGACUACCUCUUCAAGAUCGUGCUCAUCGGCGACUCCGGCGUCGGCAAGUCCAACAUCCUCUCCCGAUUCACCCGCAACGAGUUCUGCCUCGAGUCCAAGUCCACCAUCGGCGUCGAGUUCGCCACCCGCACCCUGCAGGUUGAAGGGAAAACCAUCAAAGCCCAAAUAUGGGAUACUGCUGGGCAAGAGAGGUACCGUGCAAUCACAAGUGCGUACUACAGAGGAGCUGUGGGUGCACUUCUAGUCUACGACAUCACGAAGAAGCAGACAUUCGAAAACAUACAGAGGUGGCUUCGUGAGCUCCGCGACCACGCCGACUCCAACAUUGUGAUCAUGAUGGUUGGUAACAAGUCCGACCUGAACCACCUGAGGUCGGUUGCAGAGGAAGACGGGCAGGCAUUGGCAGAGAAGGAAGGCCUAUCCUUCCUCGAGACAUCCGCCCUCGAAGCGCUCAAUGUCGAGAAGGCGUUCCAGACCGUCCUCUCUGAUAUUCACCAAAUCAUAAGCAAGAAGGCACUUGCAGCCCAAGAGGCAGCAGGCAGUGGGCCUCCAGGUCAAGGAACCACCAUCAACAUCGCAGACCCAUCUGCCAACACGAAGAGAGGGUGCUGCUCUUCAUAAGUAGGUGCAAACAAAGACAUGCUGCUGCUUCUGCGAAAAGAAAACCCCCCGGUGGAUCAUACAACACUUUUGUUAUGUAGUUGACCCCUUUUGGCCUGUAACUCUGGUGGGUUGUAAUCACAAUUCAUACUCCUGCAAAGAAAUUCUCCUCUCGGGUAGAUACGAUGUGUAGUUUCGAGAUUUUGGUAGAGGCCAAUGUUUGGCUGGCAGACUUCGGGUGGAGUCCAGCCUCGUGUUUUCUUUCAAUGUUCUUCUACCUCGGUAGUCUUCUGCUGGAAAAAAAAACAUGAUCAGAUACGUUCUUGUAUUUCUACCUGAGUUUGUUGUAUUGUCUCCGGUAUAUUAUAUAUACACUAAAAACUUUGAUUCC